GCAUAAGGUAUACAAAACAGACCCGCCCCUCAGGGUAGCCACAAAACAAUUGGUCUCUUCCAGACCUGCGAGCCCUGACACGAGGGAAUGCUUCUUAUUCAAACUGUACACUAGUUGCACUCCUAUUUCAUCAGACAUCCGACAAUGGUUCACCUCAAUCCAAACACGACGCCGGCGGCGGACGUUCCAGUCAUCGAGCACGCGAAAGUCAUAAUUGUCGGUGCUGGACCGGUCGGACUGUUCCUCGCAUUGAAGUUAGCAAAGGCCAGUAUCCAGGUUAUGGUGCUAGAGGCCGAGAAUGCAGUGCUCCAAAGUCCUCGAGCAACGACGUAUAUGCCCAUCGUUCUAAAUGAGUUGGAGAAAGUUGGUCUUUACGAGGAUGUCGAGCGAGCUGGAUUCAAGAACAAGGAGGGUGUUACAUAUCGGACGUCCAACGCUAAGGGGGGCAAUGUCCUAGCCCGUCUCGAAAUGUCCCAGAUUCCGAAAGGGGCUGUCAAGUACGAUUUUGCAGGAAUACACCUGGGGCAACACAGCCUGGCCGAAAUACUCCUGACUCACUGUCAACGAGAAAAGAAUUUCAGCAUUAAAUGGGGCCACCGUUUUGUUGGCGUCAAACAGGGUGGGCCGCAGGAUCCAGUGACGGUGAACUGUCUUGCAAUCGGGGAGAAGUUUUUCACUUGCGACUAUCUUGUUGGCGCGGAUGGAGCAGGUAGUUCUGUGCGGCGUUCACAGUGCAUUGCUUUCGAAGGCUUCACGUGGCAAGAUUUCCGAUUCGUGGCGUCGAAUGUCAAAUACCCCUUCGAAGAGUAUGGAUUCACCACCGCAAACAUGAUUGUAGACGAGGAAGACUGGGCUGUGAUUGCCAGGACAGGACCAGGUGACGCGCCAUGGCGAGUCGCAUUUGGCGUGCGGAUGACCGUUCCCGAGUCGGAGAUCUUGACGCAGAUUCCCGAGAAAUACGAAAGGCUGUUUCCAGGACCGAGGCCGCUCAAGUAUGAGCUCGUCAGUGCAAACCCGUAUUGGGCACACCAACGAGUAGCCGCGACGCUGCGUGUUGGGAAAGUGAUUCUCUGUGGAGAUGCUGGGCAUUCAAAUAAUCCUAUCGGGGGCCUGGGACUCACGACCGGUCUUAUGGACGCUGCAGCCCUCGGAAAUUGUCUCAUUCGCAUCUACACGCAUGGAGAGGAGGCGGAUGGAUUACUGGAUCGCUACAGUAGGGUCAGGAGAAAUGCGUGGAUGGAAUUCACCAACCCUGGGUCUAUUGAUUUCAAACUGCGCAUCCAUUCUACCCAUCCGGAGGUUGAAGCCUCGCGCAAGGAGUUCUUCGAUUCUCUGAACAGCGAUCCAGACAUCAGCAUGAAGGUGGCCACUAUGAUGAACAACGUCGUGGAAGACGAAUUUGCAUUGCCAGAAGAUAGUUUUAAAGACAUCCCUGCGACUGCAUAGCAAAACGCAGUAAAUAAGAUAUAGUAAGAAUUAAUAAUGGG